AUGAAUUGCAAUUCAUUUCAUCGCUGCAAACUGUCGCUUAUGGUCACGACGAUCAAUCUUUGGUCUAAACAUAUUAAACACUAUGCUGGUCCACUUUUCACCCGCAAAAUAAACACAAAAUCUACAAUUCAUAAUCGAUUGCUUUUAGUACUUCCGUUUGACGUUAAACAAAUGAACAGAGAAUAA